AUGCAAACACCCAACCCCGACCAUGACGAAUUAACUUCAUCUUUGUCAUCACUCGAGUAUAUUGUUCCGAGAAUUAAUUAUUCAAGCAAACGAGAAGCUCACAUUUCGGAGAUGUGUACACAAAUUUAUGAGAAGGUUCAACGAGAAUAUAAUUUGUAUUUAUCAUCGGAGUUUCAUGAUAUUCGUAAUUUGUUGAGCCAUAAUAACAGAAUGGCUCAUGGAGAUUGGAACAAGACCAACCAAAACAAGGACAUUUCAAGAAAAUAUGAAGAUUAUUCUCUUUCACAUCGAGAUACAUUUAAUUGGAAUCAAAUUAAGCAAGCUCUUAAACAUGAUUAUCCAAAUUUCACACAGUUUCAAACCAUCGAGGAGGCAAACGUGUUCAAUCCUCCUUCUGAAGAGGACGAAACACUCUCACAAAGCUUACCUCUUACAGCAGAGUAUUGGAGAAGAAGACAACAAGAACUGAGCACCACUGCUUCAUCUGAAACCAACAAAACAGAAGAUAUUCCCAAGUUAAGAAUCAAACACCGAAUUAAUGCACCACCCAAGAAGAGAAAAUAG